AUGGAUUUGAAUGGUUGUGCAAUGGCGAACCAGGGGCGUCAAUUUGGGGUCACAAACUCUGCUGAUGUAAAAUUACAAAUAUGUGGCCCAAACGGAGAAGAGUAUGAGGGAAAUCCCCUUCAUCUUCAUUCUCAAACUCUUCAAAAGUCGGAGUUCUUUAAGACUUUGUUAUCAGAUCGCUGGUCUUUGGAUAUCCGACCCUUGGAAAUUGAGGUAACUACUUCUCAAUCCUUUGAAAACUAUUUAAAAUGCAUUGAGAUGAUGUGUUCUUCUUCUCCUGCUCGUUUCUCUGAUGUGGAUGAAUGCCUAGCAAUUUUAUCAGUUGCUUCGGAAUUGUUGGUGGAUAAGCUUAUGCAGCAAUGCAUGGAAUAUCUGGAGGCUGUUCCUUGGAAUUCGGAGCAAGAGUCUAAAAUUAGAAAUCUUCUGUCUUCUCUAAAUUUGAGCAUAUUGCCCGAUUUGAAUGCAAGGCUUAAUAAACAGAGUAGUAGCUAUAUAGAUUUUAUCGGAGAGAAUGUCAAAUCAAUGAUCUAUUUUCUUUCCAAUGAAGACCGCCCCGAUGAGAAACAACCAAAUAUUCGAGAAGCAGUGGGCAAAUUUAUAGUAGACAAUUUGCAGGGAGAUGCAUCUUCAGGCGUUGCAGAUCUAUGCAGGCAUAUAAUUUUAGAUGAGUUUAGAGCUAACAUUGCGAUCGCUGUGUCUUCUAAUAUGGAAAACAAUCCAACAGAUGAGGAGCAUAUUAGUUUUGUCCUGCUGUGGCCCUUUACUCUAAUUGAACGCUGUGAUGGGAUGACAAUGGAAGGCGCUGUGAAGAUAUUAUGUGAAGAAGUGAAACUGGCCGACAUAAAAAUGCAAGAGCGCCAGUAUUCUGCUGCAAUCAGACACAGGAAAAUUAUGCUGCCUAUUCUGUUGUGGUGUCUGGAGGUUCUGGGAAAGGGGAAGAUAAUUGUUGAACGAAAACUUCGUGUUAGUUUUCUUACAGCAUGGUUACCAGUAAUGGCACAAUUAAUUCACUCUGGUAGACGUCUGCCUGGACGCAUCAAAAUCAAGGAGGAGGAUGUGUUAAAGACCCAGCUUUGCAGGGGAGUGAGUAAUGUGAUUGAAACCCUCCCUUUGGCUGAUUGGAAAGGGAUUUACAAAAUUUGGACAGAUUGCUGCGACAGAAAUUAUAUUGACUUGAGCAUACCGUUUGCUCGGGGGUGCAAGCUACUGCAUGAACUACAUGAAUAG